AUGCUCUCACUCCUCGCCAAGCUCGCAUUGCUGGCCGUUGUCGCCACGGCUGCAUCGCCGCCCAAACCUCUGCCCUCUGGCGCACUGACGCCCAAGUUCGUUGCGCAGAUCCAUGCCGCCGGCAGCCGCCGCAAGUGCAUCCAUGUCGCUGGUAACAUCGAGAAUGGCACCCCGCUCCAGGUCGGCGACUGCGUGGGCGGUGGCUUUGGAAACCCGCCCUUCGAGAUCAACGGCGGGCUGACCGAGAUCCGCGUCGCGGGCUCCAACUACUGCGUUGACGUGGGCAACGCACCCCUCAACAACGGCAACCAAGUCAAGAUCUGGAACUGCCACGGCGGGUACCAGCAGCAGUUCGACUACACGCGUGACGGCCGUAUUCGCGUGCACGGACAGAACAUCUGUCUCGACGUCACCGACGGUAAGCUCGAGAACGGCAACCCGAUUCAGAUCUACUCCUGCGGUGACCUCGACAACGACAACCAAUGGUUCCCAGCGGAGAACGUGGUCCAGCCCCGGAAGUAG